UUCGCGAGUACGGUGUAUCGACGGUGCCAGUUAGCCCGUGGGGUAGCUACGGGGUGGAUCCACCCGAAAGUACGGCGAGAGGGGUGCGUCAGGACGCGGGGAACGCUCGCAAGAGCGACGGCUGGAGGACCGUGAAAAAUGUUGGGAAACGAAUUCGUCCUGCUCGAGGGAACUUGGACACUUACAGCUGAAUUUAUUACGACUCGAGAGCCUCGUGGACGAUGUUAAUAAGCGUUUGCCGCGGAUCGGGGGAUGCGAGCAUCGAUCUCCAACUGUGAAUCUAUUCGUUUACUCGCGGUUUCGAAAAACUUUCUUUCUGUUGGUUCAAUUUUGAAACGUUGCUUUGUGCCCGGACUCUUCGUCGUCGACGUUUUUUCGUGGAUUCCAGUAAACAAAAGAUACCAGAGCUAUUAUGAAAUUCUUAUUUUUGUAGAACAGACCGAUGCCCGGGAAGUAGAGGAAACCAAGAAACAUCUAUGAAAUGGAUAAGCUCGCGAUCUGACCCAGGAAAACUUCGAAAAAUCUAAACGUUCCCGGAACCGACUCAAUCAGCUCAACCAUGAAUCGAGAAAACGAAGAACAGCGGCCAGAGUCCCAAACCCUGUGCGGAGCGUUGCAGAAGGAGCCAAACUGCAAGUGCUUGGUACUUUCUGUGUUAAUAUACGGCUGCCUUGCCGCAGUGACGUGGUGUAGAUGCGCGAAUGUCACCAAGUAUCUGUUCCAGGUUGUAAUCAAUUUUUCGAAGUAUCUAAUUAGAAGCACUAGACACGUGUCCCCGUGCGACGAUGGCUACAUAUACAUUCCUGUGGCGUUCAUGGGAAUGUUGUACCUGGUCUACCUGGUCGAGUGUUACCACUCGCCCAUUAGAAUCGAUCUACUGCACACGGAGAGCCAGGACAGCGUGCUGUCGAAACUGUUGCAGCUGAAGUCCGCCCAGCCGACGAUCUGGUGGAAAGCCGUCUCUUAUCAUUACGUGCGCCGGAAACGCCAAAUUACCCGGUACAGAAACGGAGACAAUUACACGACGACGCAGGUCUACUACGAAAGGAUCAACACCCACGCAGCGACGUCCUUUUACUACUACGAUUACUGCGGCGUGAAGGACAUCAGCAAAGAGCUGAUACUGGACCCGAAGGUGCCGAUCACGAAGAUCAACCUGAGCAAAGGGUUCGCGUUCUCGAACAUGAGAUCGGCAACAGAGUUCGAGGAAGCCAGGUCCAGAUUCUUCGCGGAGCAAGAGUUAAGAGACGACUACAUGGAGAUGCGGGAGGGUCUCGAUCUCGGAUACAACCCGAAUCCCACGACUCUGGUGGCCGUUCUUGGGAAUCCUUGGUUCACAAAUCGCUACGUUUACUGGUCCCUUAGCGCUCUGCUGCUCAGCUGGCCCCUGAGAGUUAUCAUAGAAUACAAGACCCAGUACGCGGACUACCAGAUCACCAAGUUGUUCGGCAUCAACUAUGACACGCCGAACGGGAGCGAGCCGAUCCACGCGUCCAUGAGCCAGCAGACAAUCAGCCAACCGGGAUCUUACAUGUUAGCACCCAGCUACAGCGAGGCACUGCUGAUGGACCCUGUUCCCGAUUCGAGGCCCGCCGAGUCUCAGGACGCGAGUAUGACGGAAAUGGUCCCGAGCUAUUCGGAGGCUUUGCUCUACCAACGUGCAGAGCAAGCCUGCAUCGCAAGCCAGGCAGCAAACGCGGAUUCUGGCAGCAGCUACGAUCUGCCGCCGCGCGAGUGUUCCUGUCCUUGUCACGUCUCUACCGAGAAUCGGGCCUCGGAGGAAGGGUCCUGUUCGAGGGACGAAGACGACGGCCAGUCGAACGACGCCAGUAGACAGCCCCUGAUCGAGACCACGAUCGAUGUUCACCCUCCGCCGUGCUCGUACACCAUUCAAACAGAGACCGGGAAAUGUGGAAGUUGCGGAAAGUACUUGGUUGAAGCGCAGUUGGAGAACGACCCCUCCAGAGACCCCGGCACUAGUCCGUUAGAAAUGACUAGAGUCGUCAGGAGAGAUCUAGCAUGCGGCGUGAUCCCUAGAGACAUGUCCGAGCCGAAUCUGAGGAGCAAACCAGACCUCGCAGAGUCUGAGACGAGAUUUCUCCGAUUGAAUGGGCAAAGUUUGAGGAAUAUACUGGAGAACGAGCAGGAGGAGGAGCUCAGCAGUGAUGAGAGGAUGGAGGAUCUGAGCCACGGAGGAUUGCACGUUCCGGUAGAUAGAGGAAAAUUCAGGUUCUCUUUGUGCUCGUUAGACGAAGCUAGUUCUAGAUCCAGAGUCCCGAUAGACGUCGGCAGAGGUGCCAUACCCAAGAGGACGACUGCCAGUCGAAGUAGAGUAAUAUCGAAUCCUAUGUCGAACGACCCUUCUGCGUUGCCCAACUCGAAGACCUACUUCUGUCUGAAGUCGAUCCUGAAGCAGAACAAGCGGAGAUACACGCUGAUCACCGCCAAAGAGCUGCAGAACUUCUCGAACAACGAGGAAGGGGAUAAUGUAGGGCGAAGCCAAGCUCGAGCCUCGUAUCACGAAGGCUGCACACCUGCACUCGCGUCGACGAGCAACGGACCUGCGAAAUUGGAUCUAUUAUCGAGGUCCAGGGAGAGUUUAGACAGCGCGAUGAGUAGGUGGAAGAAGUUGUUGGAGGAUCUGCCUGCGAACAAGAGCGAGGAGACUCCUGCGGGCUUCAAACGCGAGAAUACUAGAACUCUGAUCUUCGCAAGCCCGAUUCAAGAAGUGUGUCCUGGAGACCCAUUCGGGGGUAAGGAUGUGAUUCGAACCAGGCAAGAGGUCGACUCUACUCCAACCGACGAGUCGCCUAGUCACACGGUGCUGACCCAGCUGGGAAGAUCGCUAGCCCGCGACCGGAAGGGCUCGAGACGCCGGUUUCAGGACUUCAAACGGCAAAGAUACUCGGACACGUCCCAUCCGUCCUCUUUCUCCUGUCCGCCCGAUCGCCAGCACCCUUAUCCCUACGCUUUUUCAGCGUCCACGGACGCGGUAGACACCAUCGAUUUCGACAAAAACCAGACGUCUCCUAGAGUCUACCAACAGGGAGCUUCUUUCCCACCGUACGAAGGCCCAAAUCGCAAUAGAGUAGCCGUUGACCAGCCUGCGGACCCGGCGGCGACGGAAACUAGCUCGAAAUCACCCAGCAAGGAAUUGACUCGCUCGUUGACAGAAAGAAGAGCUAAACCUAUUCGAAACGACGCGAAUCUACGGAGAAGUUUCACGGGCCGAGUCGAGGACUAUCGAACCGAGAACAACAAAUGGCCAAAUCUGAACAUGGAGACUUCGUUAUAACGAAGGCACGCUGUCGCUUGUGGAACUCCGGAUUAUCCGUUCACACGAGUAAUCGGCAAUCCUCUUUCUACUAAACGGAUGUCUGACAAUUCUCUCCUAUACGUUUAAACGUUCUGCGAAUACGGGUUUUGUUGUUAUUUGAAAUAUUGUUUGGACAAGGUAUUGUUUGAACCGUUCGCAGGACAAAUCGGCUAACUUUGUUUCUGCAAUUUUUUAAAAUCUUUGCGUCGUAGAAUAUUCUUUGCUUUUAACUUCUUAUAUUUUACCCUUUCAAACAUAAUCUGAACCCGGAUUAAGAUUCCAUGCUGACCAUGAAUGUUAUACAUUUCAUUUGAAUCGGAAAAGAUUUUUCUGUUAUAAAAAUCUUGGAACGAAAGUAAAUGUAGAUUGUAGAUGUACAAGAAAUAAAACUUGUAUUUUUCUA